UUACGUCAGUAGGCUUCGUGCUGCAAGUAGAUAAUUUGUGUUAAUUGUAUGUUUUUGGUCCAAAAAACCUGCUCGUCGUGUAAUUUGCGGACUGUAGUGAGCGAUAAUUUAGAUAUCGCAUGGUAAAUGUUUUAUGAUUAUUUGAAGUGCUAAAACUUUACAUUUUAGCAGUGUAGCAACUAUUUCUAUCAGCUAAAGAUGAACAAAAAGUGUGCCAGGUGUGAAAAGACCGUGUAUCCUAUUGAAGAGUUAAAAUGCUUGGACAAGGUGUGGCACAAGCUCUGUUUCAAAUGCCAAGUCUGCAACAUGACGCUCAGCAUGAAGACGUACAAAGGCUUCAACAAGCAGCCUUACUGCGAAGCGCAUGUUCCCAAGGCAAAGGCAACUACCAUGGCAGAGACACCAGAACUCAAGAGAAUAGCAGAAAAUACAAAAAUUCAAAGUAAUGUGAUGUACCAUGCGGAGUUCGAAAAAGCAAAAGGAAAAUUCACUCCGGUGGCUGACGAUCCUGAAAUACUACGUAUUAAACAAAAUUCAAAGAUUAUAAGCAAUGUUGCAUACCAUGGUGACCUGGAGAAAAAAGCGGCUAUGGAGCAAAAAAGGGUUAUGAGUGGUGAAAAUGGUGACGGUGUCCACGAGAGUGAAGAAGUGACUGAUCAUCUUGAUCAGUUGACCUCGCAAUUUGAAAAUGUGCCUGUGGCCCCAACAACACAACUACCCCCUCCUGCUGACCCUGUGUUACGUGUUCAUCAGCCAGGAAAAAUUGCAGAUUAUGAUCCCCUUUCUGAGGGGCCACGCAAUUCUCCAUACUCUGCAAGGCAGUCAGCUACUGUCAUUUAUACAUCAGAUCGAGGACCAGUUAUGAGCCCCCCAGGUCGCCAAGUUGGAUCAGUUGCUGAUCUAGACCCAGUAAAUGACUUCUAUGGCUCACUUUCAGCAGCAGAUAGGUCAGCUGCUAAUGUAAACAGACAGUCUGCUAAUCAGUCACAUGGACAGUCAAUGGGACCAGGAAGGCAAGGGAGGGUGUAUCGUGCGAUGUACAACUACGAUGCGCAGGACUCUGAUGAAGUAUCUUUCAUGGAUGGUGACUUAAUCAUUAAUUGCAGCCCAAUAGACGAAGGUUGGAUGACAGGUCUUGUUGAGCGCACGGGUCAGACAGGAAUGUUGCCAGCCAAUUAUGUUGAGCCAGUUAAUUGAAGAUAGAAUAAAUAAACAAAAGAUCAUUUAUACAGAAAGAAAAUACUAAUGUCCUGAACAGAGACACGACACAGUGCUUUUGAUUAAUUUUAAGUGAUUAUUAAAUCAGGAGCACUGAGUCCAGUUAUAGCGAUGAGUAAGAGCAGUGAAGUGGAAUGCCUUCAAUAUUACUGUUACUACAUAAUUGUUCAUGGUAUAUUUUAUGAUAGCUUUUAAUAAUUGACCUUUUAAAUUUUGAUAGUAGCAUUUACACUGUUCUUAGAACUUGUAUGCCUUCUCCAGUAAACAUGUUGCUCUUGUGUACAUAAGAAAAAGGCUAUAGUAUUUUUUAUAAGACAUUUACAAUCUUGUUGUAUUCUAUUUACACAGAUGAGAGUUCUGAUUAUAGUUUGAGAGGAAAAGAGGGUGCUAACUGGUUAAUAUAGUGACUAGACAGUAUUUUUGUUAAAAUUAUUCUAUGGCCAUGUUAUUUUUCAGUAUAGUAUUUUACUAUUUUGUAACUCUUUGCCCACAUUGUAAUUUAAAAUAUUACAUAUAUAUAAUGUAUUUUGAACUGUUGUAGCUCUUUUUAUAGAAGAAGUCACACUUUUGAUGUGUUUGUAUUAAAAUGAAUACAGAAUAUAUUGCCCUUCUGCCAACUGUUGAAAGGCAGUGAUCUGCCCUAAAGCUGAGAAAGAACUUUUGGCUGAAGUUGUUAAGAUAUGAAGUUCACAGAAGUCUACUUCAUAUUUGGUGUAGUGAGCAGCUAAUGUAUCAUGGCUAUUAUCUUGGUUUAAAUCUAUUACCAUAUUAAUACCUACAUAAAAGUGGCCAAUACAAAUUAUUAACUGCUAGUGUGUGUGAGCAUUAACCCAAAACCUGCAUCAGGGAAUUUUUCAUUCCACACACUUACAAAUGCCAUGUUGAAUACCACUAAAGUAAUUAAAUAAUCUAGUAUGCUUCCUCCCUCUUUGUUCAUUUUAUUUGAAUGCAAUUGUAGCAAAUUUACUUGCAUUAGAUUGUAUUUUAUUAAUUGCAAAUGUCACAAAAAUAGUUUUGCAGUAGCUCGCACUGACUGAAAGUCAUACUUGGCCAACUGUAUUAAGUUCAUUUUGUAAUGUCUUGUUUUGUGUUAAAAUGUUGUACAUUUGCACAUAUAUCAAGAAAGUAUCAGGGUUAAGUUUUUGUUGCUGAUACUAUGUUGUUGUACUAAUCAAAAAGUACCUUUAAUGUUACAGUUGAGGCUUCCUAGAAAUCCAAAUUAUGCAUUCAUUUUCUGCUAACAGAAUUGUCAUUGCAUUUUGAAUGCAGUACACACAGCAGUUCUACCUUUACCUAUGUAUCAAUUUUUUUAGUGAAUGAUCAGAUUAAUUUAAAUGUUUAAGUUUGAAGGAAGUUUAAAAAUGUU